AUGUCGACGACAUCUAUGGACAACAUAGACUAUGUUGAGAUUGAUCAACAAGAAAGAAUCGAGCAACAAGAAGAAGUCCAUCAAGACGAUGAAGUUGCAAUCAAUAAUAAUGAUAAUAUAGACAACAUUAGUAGUAGUACAGCAUUGAUUCAACAACCUCCUGAUCAAGAGAAGAGGAAGAGUAGAUUACUUUCAUGUCAUGGCAAAUGGACAGCGCUGAAGCCAUUCAUAUUAUACUGUACAUUCUCUUUCCUCUUCUCCUUUGAUCCAAGCGAGCCUUAUCUAGUAGACUAUCUCACAAAUGUACUACACGUCCCUCAGCGUGUAGUCUACCAGGAGAUCUUCCCCACCUGGACAUACGCCUACUUCUGCUUCCUACUCAUCUUUGGAUUCCUCGGCGAGAUAAUCGGUUACAAAUUUGUAAUCAUCAUUGGAAUGGCGGCAAAGGUGGCUACAACCAUCAUUCUAUUGUCCACAAGUAAUCUUGGAUGGCUUAUAUUCGAGCAGGUUACGGAUGGUAUGUCAUUUGCUGCAUACAUCGUCUUUUUGGCAUAUAUAUACUUUAGUCUACAGCCUGACGAGUAUCAACAGAUGGCAUGCCGUGUCAAUGUUGGCUAUAUCGUAGGAGUGGUGUCAUCUGGCCUUCUUGGCCAGCUACUGGUGAACCGUGUGUCACUCGUCACCUUGCUCUGCAUGGCAUUGGCGACCAACAUUGCAUCACUUGUCAUCGCACUCUCCUUCAACAACUAUCGUGUGGAAACAAGAUUCCAACUUCGUUGUUUCCUCAUCGAUCUACGACAGGCCUAUCGCAAUACCGAUAUCCUUCACUGGUACAUAUGGAGCGGUGUCGCAAUAUCCAUUCAUCAGAUUGUACUCACAUACUGGCAAUCACUAUUCCUCGAGACUAGCAAUGAACAGAACUGGAAUGGAUACAUUUCAUCCAGUGCCUACUUCUUUGCUGCCUUUGUAACAACGAUUCCAGCUCGACUUGGAAACAAAAUUAAUGACAUUAAGAACUUGAUACUGGUCUUGUUUGGCCUGGUUGGUUCAAUCCUAUUGAUCAUCAUGGGCAUUGGACCAAACAUCUACGUGAGCACCAUCUGCUUUGUAAUAUAUAACUGUUGCUUUGAGUUUAUGUCUCCAAUUGUCAAUGUACAGAUAGCAAAGAAACUAUCAUCACGUAUUGGACUAUUGUUCUCAUUCAAUAUUAUGAUUGCAUUGGCAGUGCAAAUGAUUAUACAAUUGUCGGUGGGCAAUAAGAUGCUCGACCUCAACAUCAACCAUCAAUUCAUAUACUUUGGCAGCUGUCUAUUACUUCUAUCAAUUGGCUUCACAAUAUUCUUCACCUCUAGCUGGCUACACAAUCGAACCAACAUCUACAAACAGUCUAGACUUCAACCAAUCUCUCAUCCCGUUGUUGAUGACCAAGACAGCAACAGCUAUUAUGUCGACUCUUCAUCUCCAUUGCUAUCCAACUAUGACCACAACAACAACUAUGACUACAAUGACAUCAUCAUAAACAACUGA